UUCUGUCUCUCUCACUCAUUCACUCACUCACUUUCACAUCAUCAGUUUGGGUAGGCAACUCAGGAAAUGGGAAAGAACAUUUGUUUCGGAGUCAGUGAGCCUGGAGUCAAAUCCCGGCUGCCCAAUUCUACCUGUGUCACCUUUAACAAGUCACUCUCUUUUUCUGAGCCUCAGUUUCUUCUUCUAUAAGAUGGGGGAGGGGGCAGGUGGCCUAACAGCCUCUAAGCCCUGUGAUCAGAGCUGCCAGAAAUAUUCUCAACCCCCUCCCUCAAGUCCUCUGGCUUUCUUCACCCACAGGUCAGGUGCACAUCUCACGGAGUUCUGGACUGACCUGAUUGCCGGCAGAAUUCAACACAAUGAAACUUCUCCCAAUCUGCCUCAUGUAUCUGCUGCUGACCUGCCUGGCCCUGCCCAAGGCUGAAUGCAGGCUCCAUGACCGCUCGGUGGAGAUCAGGAACCCUGACAUCGACCCUUCCUGGUACACGGGUCGAGGAAUCAGGCCCGUGGGCCGCUUUGGCCGAAGGAGGGCCACCUCCGAGGGCUAUCAGAGGUCUGCCUAUGGACGGCGUCAAGCUUGCUUCCCUGUGGAGGAGAAUAACGAGUCCACCCAAGACAACUAAGCCGCUUCUGUUGGGAAUAAACCCAGAUGCCUUCUCUCCCCUCUCCCUUCUCUUCCACUCGCUAGUUGCUUUCCCAACAAAUAAAAAUAUUUGAUCUUACUUAAAUCAGUGUCUGUGCUUGAAACUGAAAUAAACCAAAGAGUUGUGUGAUGACCUGAGUUCAAAUUCCACCUCCAAUAUUUACUAGCUGGGUGACCAUUAAAUUACUUACCCUCCCUGGGCUUCAGUCUUCUCAUCUGUCUGACCGGGAGGAUCACUCCUGUGGCAGCCACCUCACUGGGUAAAUCUUCUCAGGGAGAGGAGGGGUUUUUUUAUUCUCUGGAUGCGGAUCCCCAGGACCUUGUGCAGUGCCUGGCCCAGUGUAGGUGCUUAAUUACUGCACGCUGAUCAAUGGGGUUAUUAUGAAGAGCCAAUGAGAUAAUGCAUCAGAGCUUUGUUACAUACACAGUCAGGAAGCCUUGGGUUCAAACCCUGCCUCUGACAUACACUUCACUGCAUGACCCUGAGUAAGUCACUUUAUUUCUCACCAUGCCAGGUAACGCUCUAGGGUGAUAAGUUAUAGGUGUAACUUAUCAGUGAAGGGUGUUUGCACACCAGCAUUCCCCACAUACACUGAUGACGCACCGAACAACAACCACCCCGCCACCUGUAAAGCUGCAGAUUCAAGUCACCUCGGAUCCGACCUGGAAAGGUCAAGGGGUAUAGGGGUCUUUGAAAACAAUACUCUAUCUAUAGCAUCGCAGGAACACAACUCUAGAACUGGAAGAAAUCUCACAGCUUAUCUCUCCCAACCCCCUUGUUUUACAGAUAGGGAAAC